CUAAAACCCAAUCUCAGAUAUACUACUAAUAGGCGCGGCGCUCGGACUAUAAAACACAACAAAUCAUAAACCCGGCGGAGCAGCAGCGGCCGCGCGCGCCUCCCCUCCCAAUGAGUUCCUAUUUCGUGAACUCCACCUUCCCCGUCACUCUGGCCAGCGGGCAGGAGUCCUUCCUGGGCCAGCUCCCGCUCUACUCGUCGGGCUAUGCGGACCCGCUGAGGCACUACCCCGCGCCCUAUGGGCCCGGGCCCGGCCAGGACAAGGGCUUUGCAGCUUCCUCCUAUUACCCGCCGGCCGGCAGCGGCUACGGCCGGGCGGCGCCCUGCGACUACGGGCCGGCGCCGGCCUUCUACCGCGAGAAGGAGUCGGCCUGCGCGCUUUCGGGUGCCGACGAGCCGCCCCCUUUCCACCCGGAGCCGCGGAAGUCCGAUUGCGCGCAGGACAAGAGCGUGUUCGGCGAGGCGGAGGAGCAGAAGUGCUCCACCCCGGUCUACCCCUGGAUGCAGCGGAUGAAUUCAUGCAACAGUUCCUCCUUUGGGCCCAGUGGCCGGCGAGGCCGCCAGACCUACACGCGCUACCAGACACUGGAGCUGGAGAAGGAGUUUCACUACAAUCGCUACCUGACGCGGCGGCGGCGCAUCGAGAUCGCGCACGCCCUGUGCCUGACGGAAAGGCAGAUCAAGAUCUGGUUCCAGAACCGGCGCAUGAAGUGGAAAAAGGAGAGCAAACUGCUCAGCGCGUCUCAGCUCAGUGCCGAGGAGGAAGAAGAAAAACCAGCCGAAUGAAGGCGCUGGAAGGGGGCGGGGGGACGCGAAGGGAGAGGCCUUUGGGGAGCCAAGGGCAUCGGAGAGCCCCGAGAAGGCUCUGCGGGCGGGGAGCCUGGGGACCUGCUCUCCAGCGCGCGACAGGCGGGGCCACUGCUCUCCUGGACGCCCCCGCCCGCAGAGCUCUCGCUGGGCGCUGGGAGGCCGCGCUGCCUGAGCCCAGCCAGCACCCCAGCGCCCCCUCCAUCCCCGUGGAACCUCCUGAGCCCAAAGAGGCUCCCCCGUGAGAACUGAGGACCGGACUCACUUGAUGUUUCCUGGAAGCAGAGCAAAAUGCUCUCGUCCGUGUCGCGUCUCAUUUCGUCCAUGUCCCCCGUGCACGGUUCAAUGGUAGAUUCGCAGUCCCCUCAGCGGGGGCCUCGAAGACUCCCUGACCCCAGACCUCUCUCCCAGCCCCUCCCCAAAGCCACUGGAAAGAGCACAUACUACCUAGAAGUAAGAAGAGGAGCCUCAGAAGAAAACAAAGUUCUAUUUUAUUAAUUUUCUAUGUGUUGUGUUUGUAGUCUUGUCUUAGCUCUGGACGUGAAAUACUUCGGUAAUAAUAUUAAUAUUAUUAAUAAUGAUAAUAAUAAUAAUAAAGACGUAAAACCUC